GCCAGUACGUGCCGUAGGUAAUAUCCCAUCUGGCCACAGGUUUUAUUUUAGUCAAUAUUCCGCAAUAUCUUACACAUUGCUGUUGCUAACGCAUAUGAUACUUCCAACGUCUUUAAUUUGAUAAAAUCUUACAUUUGAAUGUUUUUGUCGGUUCGUGUCAGAAAAUUAGAAAAAGAACAUAUUUCUGAGUAUCAAUUUACUCUAAAAACCAAAUAAGAACCUGACUGCGAUUUGACAAGGGUCUGUCUGGUCACCGUGUCCGAGUUUGUUAUUGGCUGUUCCCCUACUUAUUUGUCCUCGAGUCUCUAGUCGAUUGUAUAUCGAUACUUUACAACGAGAUAACUCGCAAAUUGUCAUGUAAAGCAUAACCAUUAAAAUAUUCAAUUAUUGUUUUCAAAGACGUUGUUCUAUGUAGAGUAUUUUAUAUAUUUUUAUGGUUAUAGUGUUUAAUAAUAAGGUUUAUUUUUAUCUAAGUGUAAAAAAGAAUGGAACCUUCCACCAGUAAAUCUCCACUAACCAGAAAUCCACGAGGAAAGGUUGUUCGCUCUCAAGCGAAAAAAAUGAUCAUAAACAUAUAUCACGAAAAAUUGGAGACAUAUCCAAAUGCUACAUAUAAGGAAAUAAGGGCGAUGGUAUCUAAGACAAGUGGAAUUGGUGUGAGCACAAUUACAGCAGUCUUGGCAGAAUAUAGAAAGACCGGAACAGUUUCCUCCCCCACUGUAACGCGAACUAAACUCGGAAUAUUCGACAAAUUGAAUGACGAACAGAAGUCAAAAAUUCGACAAUACGUUCACGAUUUUUGGCAAAGACAGGAAGUGCCAACAGUUAAAAAAACAUUGGAACUGGUCAAUGCAGAUCCAGAUUUACCCACAUUCACUGCCUCAAGUUUUCGUCGUGUACUGCACAAUUUAAAUUUUGGAUAUUCUAAAAAUGGCAGGAGUAGUGGUUUAAUUGAACACAUACCAGACCCUAAGAAACAGACAACCACAACUACAACUACAACUACAAGUACAGCUAUUUUCGAUCAUACUUAUACACCAUCUGCUCCAAAAAUACAGUCACAUCCAAGCACUUGUAUAAGGAAACAAAAUAAAAAUAAAAAGAAAGUUUCUAAAUAGCCGAAUAUUUUUUGACAGAUUGCUUUUUUUAAAGAUGCAUUAUUGAAGUUGUAUGAAGACCCUUUGCAUUUUAAGCAAUUCAUUGUUUUACAAUAUAUCUAUCAUUGCAAACAAAGAAUAUUACAUUGUUUCCUUGCUUUGAUUAUAUCUGGAUUCACAUUAUUCAUAAUCUAAAGUCAUUGCAUUCGUUUACUGAUGAAGUGUCAUCAAUCAUAUGUAUAAAUCAUUAAACAGCAAUCUACACACAUCUGUGUAAUAUGCAAAACGAAAUUCGAAGGAGCUGAAACGUCUUCCUUUUUAUUGUUUACGUGCAAAAUAAUAAACAUUUUGUAUUUUAAUUUCGAUCACCAAGACGUCUGUGCUGUAAAAUCACGUUCAACCGAUACAGCAGGGUGUGACACACAAGUGAUAAGGGAGUCUCUGAGACAGAAGAUCCGAGUCUAUUAUACAGUAAAACUUGGAUAUAUGCAACAAACAUUGGGACCCAGGCGUUGCAUAUAUCCAGUCGAGGUGUCGAA